AAAAAAAUAAAAAAUUAAAAAAAUAAAAAAAAUGCAAAAGUAAACAGGAGAUUAUGUAUACGAUACUUCUCGCUAAUCAUUACUAGGAGAAGGCUCAUUCGGUAGAGUAUAUAGAGGUAAAAAUAUUAAAACUGGAGAAUUAGUAGCUGUAAAAUAAAUGGAUACAGCAAUGUUCAAAGAUAAAUACAUGAAAGAAUGUUUAGAAAACGAAGUAAACAUUAUGAAAUAGUUAAAAUCAGAUUACAUAGUUAAAUUAUAUCAUACUGAAUCAGACUAAAGUAAAACAUUAAUAGUAUUAGAAUUGUGUAAUAAUGGUGAUUUACGUGAAUAUAUUUCAAAUAAAGGAGGCACAUUAGACGAAAAAUAAUCAAUAGAAAUUCUUAAUUAACUAAUGAACGGUUUUAGAGAAAUGGUCUCUCAUGGCUUUAUACAUAGAGAUAUAAAACCUGAAAACGCCCUUGUUAAAAACGACUGCUUUAAAAUCUCGGAUUUCGGUUUCGCUACUAAGGCUGAUAUAUAAGGAAGAUAAUUAAUUAAAGAGUGCGUAGGAACUCCACUCUAUAUGGCCCCUUAAUUACUUGAAAAUACUCCUUAUACAGCUAAAUCUGAUAUAUGGAGUAUUGGUAUGAUGUUUUAUGAAAUGUUAUUUGGGAAAACGUAAAAAAUUAAAUUAAUUAUUUAAUAUAUAUAUAUAUAAAGUCCUUGGCCAGCUAGAGAUGUAUAGAGUUAUUUAAGAAAUAUGAAAAGUUUUCCUUUGAAAUUUCCUUAUGAUAAGCAAAUAGGAUAAAAUACUCGUGAUUUCAUUGUAAAAUGUUUAACUUUAAAUGAAAAGGAUAGAAUUAAUUGGGAUGAUAUAUUUUCUCAUCCGAUUCUCUAAUUAUAGACUGGGCAAUAAACUAAGCCAGCAGUAUAACUUGAUUAAAAAGCAUAAUUAAUUAUCAGAUCUAUGUAAUAUAUGGUUUAAAAUAAAAAUGUAAAUUUAGAUGAAAUAUUCUCUCGAUUUGACUAAAACAAAGGAGGAUCUCUUGAUUUAUUUGAAUUCCACUAAUUACUGAGUAGUAUUGACCCUAGAAUUACUUAUUAUGAAUCCGAACAUGUUUUUAAGACAUUAGAUUAAACUAAAGAUGGUCAAAUUUCUAAAAAAGAAUUCGAAGAUGUCUUUAAAUUUUGGGAUUUUGCAGAUACUUAAGAUAAAGUAUCAAGUGUAAUUGUUGAUUUGUAAGAAAUUAUUAAGAAUAAUAAUUUAGAUUUGAAAUUAAUUUUCUAAAACUUCGAUAAAGAUGCUGGAGGAAGUUUAAAUUUUUAAGAAUUUGUCAGCUUGAUAAAGAUAGUAGCCCCAAAAAUGAAAUAAUAUGAAAUUAAACCUAUUUUUGAUAAAUUUGAUAAAAACGGCGAUGGAAAUGUCUCUUAUGAAGAAUUUUAUCAUAUUCUUAAUUAUGGAAAUUCAAAAGAUUCAUAGUUUAAACCGGACUAAGAAAAAGCUAGAAAACUCAUUAAUGAACUUAAGAGAAUUAUUACUACUAAUAAUUUAAAUUUGAAGUAGAUUUUUAAUAACUUUGAUAAAAGUAAAGACGGCAAUUUGAAUUUGGAGGAGUUUACUAAAUUAGUGCUUGUUAUAGAUAAAAAAUUACCUUAAAAUGAAAUUAAAAAUAUUUUUGAUCUUUUUAAUGUUGACGGGGGUAAUGAAAUUACAUUUACUGAAUUCCAGAAAACUUUGAUUUGA